AUGGUCUUCGCUGCAUGGCUAGCAGCAGCUUCGUUGGCAGGGAGUGCUGUUGCGCAAUACUUUCCGCCACUCCCAUCGGGCCUGACGGUCGUCGAAUCAAAGCAUGAGAAAGGGGUAAAGAUCUCUUACAAGCAGCCGGGUAUUUGCGAGACAACGCCGGGGGUCAGAUCGUACUCCGGAUACGUGCACUUGCCUCCGGGGACUUUGAAAGAUGUCGGCAUGGAGCAGAAGUAUCCGGUCAACACAUUCUUUUGGUUCUUUGAGGCUCGACACGAUCCGAUGAACGCUCCCUUGUCCAUCUGGAUGAAUGGAGGACCGGGCAGCUCGUCGAUGAUCGGUCUCUUGCAAGAGAACGGUCCAUGUCUCGUCAAUGCCGACAGUAAUUCCACGGAGCUUAAUCCGUGGUCGUGGAACAAUUACGUCAAUAUGCUGUACAUUGACCAGCCGAAUCAAGUCGGCUUCAGUUACGAUGUUAUAACAAACGGGACCUUUGACCAGGUCGCUCAGGCGUGGAAUGUCUCUAAAUGGGAACAUGGAGUUCCCGAACAGAAUAACACGUUCUACGUUGGCACUACAGCGAGUGGAAAGGCCUCGGCGGCCGCGAAUGGAACUGAAGAUGCAGCACGUUCGUUGUGGCACUUUGCACAGACCUGGUUCUCUGAAUUCCCCGAGUACAAGCCAAAUGACGACCGAGUGAGCAUCUGGACGGAAUCCUAUGGCGGUCGUUAUGGUCCAGCGUUCACGGCGUUCUUCCAAGAACAGAACGAGAAAAUUCGAAACGAGAGCGUAAACGCCGCGAGCGAGUCGCAUUACAUCCACCUCGAUACAUUGGGUAUCAUCAACGGCUGUGUCGAUCUCCUCGUCCAAGCACCAUCCUACCCCAUCAUGGCGUUCAACAAUACCUACGAUCUACAGACCAUCAAUGAGACCGUCUAUCAACGGGCUAUGCAUGCCUGGGGUCGGCCCGGUGGCUGCAAGGACCAGAUCCAGCAAUGUCGAGCUCUUGCCGCCGAGGGUGACCCACAGAUGCAUGGCACCAACGAGACGGUGAACAAAGUCUGCCGCAAAGCCGGUGAUUUCUGCAGCAACACCGUCGAGGGACCCUACGUGAAGUUCGCAGGUCGGGGCUACUACGACAUUGCCCACAAGUCCCCGGACCCAUUCCCACCCAACUACUUCCUCGGAUUCCUCAACCAGCACUGGGUUCAAGGUGCACUUGGCGUCCCCAUCAACUUCACCGAGUCUAGUUCAGGCGUGUAUGAGGGUUUCCAAUCCACAGGCGAUUAUGCCCGUGCUGAUGUCCAUGGAUACCUCGACGAUAUCGCCUACGUUCUGGAUUCCGGCAUCAAGGUCGCCCUGGUUCACGGCGACCGCGACUACGCCUGUGACUGGAUCGGCGGCGAAGAUGUGAGCUUGCGCAUACAACAUGCGCAGGCUGAUGCUUUCCGUGCCGCAGGCUAUGCGCCACUCCACAUCAAUAAGUCGUACGUGGGAGGCCAGGUGCGGCAAUAUGGUAACUUUUCUUUCUCGCGAGUCUACCAGGCUGGCCAUGAGAUCCCAGCUUAUCAGCCGCAGACUGCAUACGAGAUCUUCCAUCGGGCGCUCUUCAAUCGGGAUCUGGCCACGGGAAAAAUUGACACGGCCAAGAAUAAGUCCUAUUCUACAGAGGGACCCGCGUCGACGUGGCACAUUAAGAAUGAUGUGCCUGAGAGUCCUGAACCUGAAUGCUAUAUUCUGGCGCUUGAGGCGACAUGUACAGACGAGCAGAUUGCCAGGGUUGUCAAUGGGACGGCUGUCAUCAAGGAUUAUAUUGUAGUUGGUUGA